AUGCCUGUAGUUAUCAAAAACUUUCUCAAAAUUUCACAAGAAAAAACAAGCAUUAUUGAAAACCAAUUUAUUAUCUCUUUCGACAAAACGCCUAUGUGGUUCGACAUGCCUCGUAAUUCAACAUAUGAUUUUAAAGGUAUACACGAGGUUCCAAUAAAGACUACUGGUAGUGAUAAAUUACAAUUCACUGUAGUUUUGGGCUAUAUGGCUUCUGGAGUAAAACUUCCACCUAUAGUAAUUUUUAAAUUGAAAAAAAAGCCCAAAGACCAAUUUUUACGUGAUAUCAUUGUUGCAGCAGCAUCUCAUGCGAAUAUGAAAGCAGACCUUAUGAUCUCUAUGUAUAUUUCUCAAGCUAUUCGGGCAAGACCAAAUAGUUUUUUUAAAUGUAAAGGCAUUAUAUUUGUAGAUGGUCAUCGAAGUCAUAUUCAUGAAGAUGUAAAAAGAGCAUUUAUGGUAGAAGGGCUUGAUCUUUUAGAAAUACCCGGAGGAACCACUAGCAUUUUGCAACCACCAGACGUUUCGAUUAAUAAGCCAUUUAAAAAUGGAAUGAGACAAAGAUGGGAAGAGUGGAUUGAUAAAGGAAAAGUAGUAUUUACUAAAAACGGAAACUGUAAGAAAGCCUCAUAUGAACUUGUUAGCAAAUGGGUGUCUAAAACCUGGAAGGAAAUUAGUUCCAAUGUGUUAGUCAGAUUGUUCAAAGCAACUGGGCUUACGCUUAACCCAGAUGGUAGUGAGGAUCAUAAAAUGUCAGAUCGUCUUCGAGCAAUUGUUGAAGAUCGUAUGACUGAGUUAAAUAUGAAUGAGUUAUUGGAUGCACUUCAAGAUGAAGAAGUUGAAAGUGAAAGUGUAAUGGAUAUAGAAAAUCAAACCGACGAUGAUGACGAUAAUACUAGCGAUGAUGAAAAUGCAGAUUUCGAAUAUGUGACGGAUGAUGAUAGAAUGAAUAUUGUUAAAUUCAUUAGAUAUAGAUUUGUAAUUUGCAAAUGUAAAGAGAAUAUAAAAAACAUUAAACUAAGUGGUAUAAAUGGAAUAUCUCUGUUUGGAAAUAAAUGGCGUUUUCAAUGGCAUGAAUAUGGUCUAAAAAAAUCCAAAGUUUCUAAAGAUCUAGAAGAAUUAAAAGAAUUUAAGAAACAAAGAUUAGAACUCGGUAACAAAAAUGGGUACAAGGUCGAUUAUGAUUGA